ACUUUUUCAUGAUCGCAACUUCUUUAUGCUUAGAUCUCUGCCAACAAAUAAGCUACUACUCUCGAAAAUUAAUUAAAUAUGUAUAUAUUGAGUGGAUUUUUAUUUAUAUCAAGUCAAAAAAAAUGAUUUUUAUUUAUAUCAAGUCAAAAAAAAAUGAUUAAAUAACCGUUUAAUUAACUUCCUAAAUUUUAAUUAUUUCUGAUAGAGAAGGGGAGAGAGGGAGAACAAAACCACCUGUUUUUCAGGGGUGAUUCUUUCUGAUUCUUUUUGCAUCUCUUUUAAUUUUUCUUCCAAUUUUCUUACAAAAUUCUUUUGGUUUCUUCUUCCCUUAAUUGAGCAGAAGGUUAAGGGAGGAGGAGAAAAGGGCUAAAAAGACGAAGCAGGACCCCUUAAUUCCAGAAAAUAUUUGAAUUUUUUGGGAAGUAGGGGUCUCAAAUUUCUGUCAAAAAUCAAAAUUUUAAAAGUGCGAAUUUGAUAUUUCAUCAAAUCAUUAGGUUCUUGAAAUGGUCUGUUGAUGUCAUACCAAAUAUUCUCUUGCAAAGGUUGGAGCUUCAUUUCACAAACCUGCAUUUGGUGCUAAUUUUGAAAGAAAAUUAGGUCUCUUUAAAUUGGGUGUCAGGAAUUUCUGCAAACUUCUUGAAUUUUUGUACUCCCCCUAAUUGAAAAUGGCAACAAUUGAAAUAGAAAGUGUGGAGUGUGUGUCUGCAUCAGAUGGAGUUGAAGAUGAAGAGACUUCUUCACAUCCUCACCACAAUAACCAGUAUUCUUCAAAACCUCGCAUUUUAUUAUCUUCCGUAAUUGCCCCUACCAGUGUUCAUGAAUUGCUGGAGUGCCCUGUUUGCACUAAUUCUAUGUACCCUCCAAUCCAUCAGUGUCACAACGGGCACACUCUCUGUUCGACUUGCAAGACACGGGUGCAUAACCGGUGCCCUACCUGCAGACAAGAGCUAGGGGACAUCAGGUGCUUGGCGCUCGAGAAGGUUGCAGAGUCGCUAGAGCUGCCCUGCAGGUACUACUCCCUAGGCUGCCCGGAGAUAUUCCCAUACUACAGCAAACUCAAACACGAAGCAGUUUGCAAUUUCCGACCAUAUAGUUGUCCAUAUGCUGGAUCUGAGUGUAUAGUAACAGGGGACAUUCCUUAUCUUGUUGCUCACUUGAGAGACGACCAUAAAGUGGACAUGCACACGGGAUGCACGUUCAAUCACCGAUAUGUGAAGUCAAAUCCUCGUGAAGUAGAAAACGCGACAUGGAUGUUGACUGUAUUCAAUUGUUUUGGGCAAUAUUUUUGCCUUCACUUUGAAGCAUUUCAGCUGGGAAUGGCACCUGUUUACAUGGCAUUCCUACGUUUCAUGGGCGACGAAGUUGAAGCCCGUAAUUAUAGCUACAGCUUAGAGGUAGGAGCAAAUGGUAGAAAGCUCAUGUGGGAAGGCACCCCACGAAGCAUUAGAGAUAGUCACCGUAAGGUCAGGGAUAGCCACGACGGUCUUAUCAUCCAACGUAACAUGGCACUCUUCUUCUCCGGAGGCGACAGGAAGGAGCUUAAGCUCAGAGUUACUGGAAGGAUCUGGAAGGAACAACAGAAUCCAGAUGCUGGGACUUGUGUUCCUAAUCUUUGUACCUAAUCAGAUUCACUUCUGUAAUUUUUAACAACUUCUAUAUCUCUGUGUGUGCGCGUCUCAGCGUAAAUGUAUCAUGUAUUAUUGCCAGAGUUCUGCUUGUUAAUACCAUUACCUUUGGUUACUAAA